GAAGACGUGCUAGGCCGCACCGCCCUGCCCGUUCCAACAGGCCCCCUGGGCCCUUCCUCCUGCCGGGGGCCUUGCGCAGAGCUGGGGCCCGGCGGGGAGGGGGCAUGGCUGCUUCGCCUGGGGCCCGGCAGGCCGCCUGGGGCCCGGCAGGCACGGGCCAUCGAGGCGGGGGGCCCCGGCUGUGAGGGGUCUCGUCUCCCUGCCUGUGUGUGUGGGGGGAUCCCUUCCCGUUUCAGCCUGGCCUCUGCUAUGUUGUGUUCUCAGCAUCUCCUCCGGUAGCUUUUGCAAAUGAAAAUGGAGGACAUGACUUUGUCAAGCCUGGAUAACAGCAAGCUGGAGGCUGUGGCUCAUGAUAUUUAUACAGACUUGAUUGAGGAUGCUUGCCUGGGCUUGUGCUUUGAGGUGCACCGUGCUGUCAAAUGUGGCUACUUCUUUUUGGAUGACACAGACCCUGAUAGUAUGAAGGACUUUGAAAUUGUAGAUCAGCCAGGGCUGGAUAUCUUUGGCCAGGUCUACAACCAAUGGAAGAACAAGGAAUGUGUUUGUCCAAACUGCAGCCGAAGUAUUGCCGCCUCCCGCUUCGCCCCACACUUGGAGAAGUGCCUUGGUAUGGGCCGGAACAGCAGCCGCAUAGCCAAUCGGAGGAUAGCAAGUAGUAACAACAUGAACAAAUCCGAGAGUGACCAAGAGGACAAUGAUGACAUAAAUGAUAAUGACUGGUCCUAUGGAUCUGAGAAGAAAGCAAAGAAGAGAAAAUCGGAUAAGAAUCCCAAUUCACCCCGAAGAUCCAAAUCCCUGAAACAUAAAAAUGGGGAGCUGAGUGGUAACCCAGACCCAUUCAAGUAUAACAACUCUGCUGGAAUCAACUAUGAAACGUUGGGCCCUGAGGAGCUCCGUACUUUGCUCACUACGCAAUGUGGGGUGAUCUCUGAACAUACCAAGAAGAUGUGUACACGGUCUCUGCGUUGCCCCCAGCACACGGACGAACAGCGGAGGUCAGUCAGGGUCUACCUCCUGGGACCCUCUGCCUCACUUCCUGAGGCUGAAGGAAACGUGGAGAACGAUAGUUUUGAUGUGGCAGAAAGUCAAGCCCUCAUGAGUAGACUACAAUGGGAUGGAUCCUCAGACAUCUCUCCCUCUGACUCAGCUUCAUCAAAAGCAAGUACAAACAACUCAGAGUCCCGAAAAACCAAAAAGAAGAAACCACACAUGAGCCUGGUAGGAGGUGCUCCAGGAAUGAGCUCCAGUAAGAAGAAACUGAAGCCUAAACCACUUGCACCUCCCACUCCCAGCCUCUAUGAUGACAUCAACUGAACAUUGGGAUGAGAAAACUGAGGAGGGGGAAUGUGCCCCAGUCCCCUUCAGACCCAGUUCAUAGGAAAGGAACUGGACUGUGUCUUCUUGUGCACUCUCUUAGACACCUUUUUUAAUAAGCUGAAGAGAGAUAGCUGCAUGUCUCCUCUUCUCUCUCCUCCCAAGCCUCAACACUCAUUGCACAGCCCAUUUUGUCCACUGGAUGUGGAAUGAAAAACUGGACUGGUUUUGGUGCAGUUGGCACUCACCUCUUCUGGGGAAAAGGGGUGAUGGCGGUUUUGAGGCAGGGCCUUGAAGAUGAACAAUGCCUCCAUUCUCCUUCCUCCCGGUUUCAACACGUCUAUUUAUUGUGAUGUUCGUGGAUGUUCAAUCAUGACUAUAUAUAUGGUGGCAUUGUAUUGCUUAGCAACACUAGAGACUGACUGGGCAGGGUUGGGAGGAGUGUGUGCAUAUCUGCCUGUGGCCUUUUGUCCUGGUUUGGAAGGGCCUGAGGGCGAAUGGAGAACCACUGUUGCCCUUCAGUGCCUGCCCUUCCGUCUCAGAGUGUCUGCUCCAGUGGCCUCCUUUUUGUUGUGAGAAGUGGCUCAAUGCUGUGAAUCAGCCUCUUCCUCUGAGCUUUUGCAGUGCUCAGUUGUUUAAAAGGUUGGUGGUGUAGCUGCUGGUCCACUAGCAGGAGUAAUGCUCUUAUUGUUAUGGCAAUCCUCAAGCAUCUGCACAACCAGAAUAAAUUGGGAUGGGGCAGAGAGGUUUGACCUGAUUUUGCUACUGUCACUAUUGCUCCCUUUCCAGACUGUGUCUGCUUCUUCAUCAGUAGCAUUUCUAAGUUUUUGUAUAAAGAAACAUUAAGAAUGGCUGUGAUAAAUUGGGCAAGUUCUCCCAGUAUAUGCAUGUCAGGAAGCUGGUGCAGCGAUUGGCUUCCUAACUCGUGCAUUGGGCACAAAUCUACAUUUGCCCAACCUUGACGAGCCAAUACCCUAAGACUUGCAUUGCUUUAUACACAUCCUGUAUGUAACUUCAUACAUCCCGGAAAACUGGCUGUAAAUUGGAAUAUUCUUGAACAUUAACAUUCCACAGGAGAAGUUCAUGGAGGCCAGGCAGGAUUGCUGAGUUGUGGUCUGUCAGUUGUCUGUCUGUCUUUAAGAUUUCCCUAUCACAGUAUGUGUGAAGGAUAGAUUCAUUCAGUCUAAGUGAGUCAGUCAAUGAAUCUAAACCAACUUUGCUGGAGUAUUGGAGCCAAGCUGGGCAGGCGCAAGUGGUGGGAGAGGGAAUAUGUGUUUUAGGGGGAUAGUCUUAUAGUCUUACUACUUUCGUCCUCUCUGUAUGUAUCUCCACUCCACCACCUCAUUCCUGGCCCCAGUUUUAUUCCUUAUACAAACAUCUUCCAUUUUAAAUCUAGUUCCCUAAAUCAUGGCCCUAUAUUGUGUGGAUGGAGGUUUGAAAUUAACAACAACAAUUUAUGGCAGUCAGUAGACCAUUCUAAUUGCAAAGCUGCUUCUGGAGCUGGAGCAUCGCCAUUUUCCUUUCUUAACAAGAUUUAGAAUAGAACAAGACAUCUGCCGCCUAACAAGCUGUGAAGCCACACAACUGCUUCUGAACAUAUACACAAAGGGAAUUUCUUAUUCUUCUCGCCUUCUUGAUUAUUCCAAGUAAUGCAAUUUGCAUGAGAAAAAAGAUUUUCCUCUUGCAAACUUGCUGUGCGCAAGUCUACUUCGGGAGAGGUAACUGGCCAGUUUUAGUAAUGUGGUAAUGGGUGUAAUCAGUUUGUGCACUAGGCACUGAGAAUCCAAGGAAAUAAUGUCUACUGCUUGUGCUGGAUCUCUGGACUGAGAUAGCUAACUCUUAACUGAGGUUUCUCCCCACCCCCACCCCCCACUGCCUCUUUUCUCUUAAAGCUGAGAAAGUCUCCUGUUAGGUGCUGGCGAAGGUCCACCUUUGCCACUUCUAAAAUCCAUGGGCUUAAUUCCACAAGAAGGUCUCCAGGUGACUACCACCUACACUCCUGAAAUGAAACACUUUCACCACAUGUUGAAUUGUUUGUGUGGAGAGCCUUUAAGGACCUCCUAGGUUUCAGUCUCUCCCUUAGUGCCUCACGCUCUUCGAGACUUUGGAAGCCCAAAUCCUGUCUGCUGUGUUUCCUUAUUGCAUAAAUGCUGGAUCUGCUACACCUGAACAGAACAGGCACGUGAAUGAUGAUGACCCAAGGUGUAUCAGGUCUGGAGGCUCGAAUGCCCUAUCCAGCAAACUAACACUAUUAAGAUUUGGCUGCUUUUCUCAUCUUCCUCUCCCUGCACUUUGCUUGCCGAGGUAAAAGUUAUGUAGUAUGCAGAGGAUGUGUUCAGGGACUGAGGCAAACCUUCCUGGUGGUUUUUGCUAGGAGACAGAAAGCCUAGUCCAGAAGAGGGAUGCCCUGCAUUACUCAUGCAAAACAAACCAAUUUCCAAAAAUGUGGUCCUAUUUUUCAUUAUUGCAAUUAGCAAAACAUUAGUUCUGCAUUGUUUAGAAACCAGACUCUACGUUAUGCUUUUAACAAAUAUUUUUGAAAAUGUGGCUAGAGAGCUAUGUAAGCAUGGAUCAGAUAGAAAUCUGCCCAGCACCUGCUUUUAAUUGAACUAUUUGAACUGAAGUAAAUGUUUUCAAGGGGAGAAGAGGUACACUUUGAUUCUAAGCAAGAUUAGUUGGUCUUCUCUGACAACCAGUAGCUACAAAGUAUAAAUUAUGUUCCCAAAAAACUGUUGCUUGGCUUUAGAGCUGCAGUAAUGUAAAUGAAGCCAGAGUGAGAGACUUGAUCCUUGCUCAGCCUCCAUGGUUGCAACUGAAACCUUUGGGAUCAUGUUGCAGCCAGCUUUGGAAGUGUAGCAUCUGGGGAAUUCUGAACAUUAAUUUAGCAGGGGGAAGGAUGACACAGGUCGUUUAUAGAUGGCUCUGUAUCUGCACUUGCACCCUUUAUUUUUUUAAGGUAGGCCUGUUUCACUUGAAGAAGAAAAAACUCUGUAUUCUAUCAUGAGUGGAUUGAUAAGAGGUUUUUAAUUUGUUGAUAAUGUACAAAUUGCACCUGUGAUAUUUUUGAACAUGUGCAGAAAUCAUUGGAGUAAGUACUGUACUGUGAUCUGAUUUUUUAAAAAAGUUGUUUUGUUUUGUGUAUGUAAUCUCAGCCUGUACAGGUAGGUAGAUUUUUUUAAAAAAAAUUGUCAGACCUGUAAUUUUUUCUGCCCAUCCAUGAAUUGUGGAAUGCCUGUGUAAAUAAACUGCAACUCUGCUUGGUA